AAAACCAUGGGACGCAAGAAAAUAGAAAUCAAGAAAGUCGAAAAAGAAACCAACAAACAAGUCACAUUCUCGAAAAGAAGAUCUGGAUUAUUCAAAAAAGCUUGCGAACUUUGUGUCUUAAGCGAUGUUAAUCUAGCCAUCAUUGUGUUUUCUCCAGCUGACAAACUAUUCUGCUGCGGUCGUCCAAACACCGACGCGAUCCUCAACAGUUACAUCAAAGGAACCACCGAGUUUGAGGAUCAGAAGUCGAUGGAAGAUUCUUGGAUCUGUGAGGAGUAUAAUAGAGAAUAUGAAGAGGCACUAAAGAUGUUGGAAAUGGAAAAGAAGAAACUUGCGGAUAUUGAGAAUAUGGCUAGGUUUCCCAAUAGAGGUGGAUGGUGGAAUGCUUCUAUAGAUGAUAUGAGUAGUGAAGAGCUGGAACAGUUUAUGAUGUCGGUUUUUGAGUUAAGGAAGAAGCUUGCUGAAAAAGAACAUGAAUAUCUCAUGAUGUUUUCUAUGUAA